AGUGCAGGGCAGUCUACUAAGAUGUGUUUAAUAGUUUGAGGAGUAUCACAGAAUUGGCAGGCUGAAGCUUGUUCGCCAACGAGGAGGUAGAUAAACAGAGAGAUACUUGAAUAUUGCACUAGUGACAGAGAAAGAGAGAGAGAGAGAAACUUGAAUCUUGUAAGAGAGAGAGAGAGAGAAAAAUAGAGAUAAUUUAAUCUUGAGAGAGAGAGAGAGAGAGAGAGAGAGUAGGAGUGAGGGAGACAGACCCACAGACAGACAGACAGAAGGCUGGUGAAGGCUUCCUGAUGGUUAGGGAGUGAGACGGGCGGCAGGAUAAGAAGAAAAGAAUGUGUUUGUCUUCAGUAAAACACGGGUGUCAGCUUGGUGUUUUCUCAGUUCAGCACAUCCACGAUGGAUAAGGAUACUGUCCUGCGAGGCAUGGAGCUCAUCCUGCAUGAACAUCUGCAUCUUCUGAAAGUGGAACUAUAAAAGCAUCACUGUUCUUCAAGUUCUUCAACUGAGAUCCAACACCUCUUUACCAGACCAUAAUAUUCAUUUCUUCACAGUGAGAAAGAGUAUCCUCCUAAAAUCAGCAUCAUGUGUCACGUGAUUGUUACAUGCCGUUCUAUGCUCUGGACCUUGAUGAGCAUAGUGGCAGCGUUCGCCGAGCUGGUCGCAUUCAUGAGCGCCGAUUGGCUGGUGGGCGUUCGCCAUCCCACUGGAUCUAACUUUUCAGUGGUUCCCACACCAGAGCCGUACCGGCCCACCCUCGGGCUCUACAGCCGCUGCAUCAAGGUGGGCCAGCAGACGGUGGUCCAGUGUGGGCCAUACGCUACAGACUUUACAGAGAUUGCAAGUGGAUUUUGGCAAGCCACAGCUAUCUUCCUGGUAGUGGGAAUCUUCCUGCUGUGCAUCGUGGGAUUUCUCUCAGUCUUCAGCAUGUGCUUUCAGAGCAUCCUGGGGAAAAGCAUCUUCAAUGUGUGCGGCCUGCUUCAGGGAAUAGCAGGUCUGUUCCUGAUGCUGGGCAUGAUGCUCUACCCAGCAGGUUUUGGCUGUGAGAAGGUGGUCAGCUACUGUGGGCCGGAUGCCUCAGCGUAUAAACUGGCCCAGUGUUCCCUGGGCUGGGCCCUGUAUACGGCCAUAGGAGGAACAGUGCUCACCUUUGUCUGCGCCACGUUCUCCGCCCAGGCUGAGAUCGCCACAUCCAGCGACAAGGUGCAGGAUGAGAUCGAUGAGGGCAGGACACUCAUCUGUGUGCUCUGAACUUUGUGUCUAGUUACCAAAGAUUUUUUUUAAGUCUACUAACUGAAUUUAAAAAUAAUUUAGUGCUGCAUUAAGGUCUUAACUCUCAUAUGCAGGUGCUGUUAAACUUUUUAAAAUAAAGGUGCUUUGAAUGGUUCAUUGUGUGAUGUCAUAGCAAAACCACUCUUGGAAUCUUGAUAUGAAGGUUCUUUUUGAACCAUAAGUGUUUAGUCUAUGGCUAUGCUCAAAAUCAAUUUGAAGCACCUUGAUUUUAAUACUGUACAAAGAAUUUUCUCUUGGUGUAUUCCAACUAAUUAGUAGUUGUAGAAAAAAUGUACAUUUCUAACCUUUUUCUACAUUUAUUUGCCAUAGGUUAGUUGCAUUAUCUUUCCACUGUUAUCGUUUGUCACCAUUGUAUGUCCUUGUGAAUGUAGACAUUACUUAACCCAGAAACACUUGGAAAAAGUGCUCUCGGGAGUGAAACUAUAGAAAAAAAACAAUGUUGGUUCCCUGAGAAAUGGUUCUAUACCAGAAAAAGAAUGCAAACAUGGUUAGCAGAAGUACAUUAAUCAUCUGUCUUGGUUCCUUAAGGUUAUCUUAACACCCAGUCCAGAUCAGAGCCAAUGUUUUUGUUAUAUUGUCCACCUUUGGUCCAGUUUUUGUUUAACACUGUUCAGAAUAGGACAGAAAGGGUUCUUUAUGAAAUCUUCACAUAAUCUUCUGUUAUUAAAUGGGUAGUGAGAGUCUGCCUCAUCUUAAUGUAACUGGUUAAACUGAAAUGUAGUUUACCUAAUUUUGACCCUUUGGAUGUGACUUGAGGUCACUUUUACAUCUGCAAUUUCUGUUCAUACCAAAAUAUAUUUAAAUGUGACUUAAAAUGCUUUAAUGACUCACUUAGUGCAGCUUUUCUUUAUGCAAAAAGGUUCUAUGGGCAUUUUAACAUCUGCACUUUUUAGUCUGGCUUAAAUCUGAUCUGUUUUUCUUUGUGCAAUCUAUUUGUGUACAGUAAGCACAGUAAUUGCACUUGGGUCUUAAUGCAGUUAUUUUGGGGUGAUAUUAGUCUAUUUGUGGUGAGAAGAUGAUCGGUCUUUGGUCUGACCCAAAUAUUAUGUACUCGCAGGUUUAAGCUUUUCUAUCCUGUUUUAAGAUGGUAUAGUGCUCAGAAAUAUUCACUAAUCCAGAUUUUUAUAUAUACAGGACCUUAUUCCUGUAUUAACUUUCUUGUUCCAUCCUAGUUAGUUAACCAAUAAGUAGAAAACAUUUUCACAUGGUUUAUUAAGACACAUGCACCUUCAUUGUAUCCGGUUUGAAAACAAAGUAAACCAAACCAAGUGGAAAAGGCAACAAGAUAACAACCCUUUAAAACUGACUCAGACAAAAGCAAACCAACUACUCAUGUGAACAACACUAAAUCAUGUACCAAACACCUGCAGCUACAAAGGACAUAUAUCUUUAGAUUAAUAGCUUAAUGAUGCUUAAGUAAUCAGCAUUUCUAAUAAAAAGAUGUUUGGGAUAGCAAUCUUGUUUCCCAGACAGGGAUUAAACCUUCUAUGGAAAAUCUGCAUUUAAGGUGCUGUGUAGUCCAAGUCUAGACUUAACCCUUGUCUAAGAAACUGCCUCAAUGUUUUUUAGCUUUUGGUUUUCAAUGGUGAUAAAAAUAUAUAUGUUUAAAGUUAUGUCGCUUUAAAAACUGCUCCCACACAUCACUGUACUGAUCAAAAUGAUUACCGCUGCAUCAAUUUAUGCCAAUUAAUCUCAUUUUCUUGUAAUUACUUUUUUUCUGUUUGUUAUAUUAACAAACUUUAUUGUUUUUAUCCACUACUGUGCAUUUGUUUUUUUAUUAAGCUUUAAAAUAAAAGCAUUAGCCAUUUA